GUGAGUGCGACGGAAUUAAACUAGAAGAAAAGGAAAAUUUUAAUAUACAAAAUAUUUAAAGUGUUUUUUGCAACUUAAAUUAUAAAAAUAUAUAAUUAUAAGUGAUAAACGCUUGUAAUAAUAAAACCAAAGUGUGAUAAAUAAAAUUAUUUUAGAAAAUAUUUGGCAACAAAAAUUUAUUGUUUCAAAUAUUUAUAAAACAUGGUAACCGUAUGGGAUACAAUAUGUAAGCAUCCUGAAGUUGAGCGACAGAUGAGAGCUCAUUAUGAAAGUAAAGGACAAUAUCAAAUUAGAGGUAUUUUCGCUGAAUGGAUUGAAAAUCAAAUGAUGUCACAAAAAAUUGAUACAGCAGCUCAACAAGAACAUUACGCUAACAAGUUUUGCGAGGACUUAGAUGGAAAAUUAAUACAAAUAAUAAAUGCUGGAAACGACGAAGCUAAAGUAAAGUGGACAGAAAUAUACAGUCGUAAAAAACUUUGUUCACCACUUGAAUACUAUAAUCAUUUAAGAAAAGGAAUUCAACAAGAAUUUCAAUAUAUAAGUCAGUUGGGCGUUCCAUCAAAUAUGAUAAAUUCAAUUUCAAGUCAAGGAUAUUCAAAUGGAAUACCAGAUCCAUCAGAUGCUGUUCGAAAGGUUAUAUACGAAAUAUCAGAUUAUGGAAAACAAUUACAGUUAUUUACAAAUGAAAUUGAAGAAUUUCAUAGUACAUUAAAUAACUUAUUAAUCCAAAGUCCAAAUGUUUUACAUUCAACACCACAAAUUUUAAAUGAGUCACAGCAAAUGAUAAAUGAUAAAAUUCAAACAUUUAAUAAUUAUUUCACUAUGUAUCAAAGUUUCAAAUCUGUUGUAAUUGAUGAACAUUUGAAAAGGUGGCAAAGAAAUCAAGCGCUAGCUGGUAAUGGAGCUCCGUUUAGAGAUAAUUUAGAUGACAUACAAGCGUGUAUUGAAAAUUUAUUACCAAUAUCCACAAUAUUGAUUGAUAUAUAUAAAUCGUUAAGAAUAAUUAUAUCAAAAUUAUGUCUUGAUGAAAGAUAUAUACACGAAUUAGAUCAAGUUUCUAUAAUAAUUGAAAAGAUUAAACAAUAUAUAAUAUUAUCAGCAUUUAUUGUAGAAAAACAACCACCACAAGUCAUGAAAACAAAUACCAGAUUUGCGGCUACCGUUAGAUGGUUAAUUGGACCACAACUUGAUAUUUACAGAAAUAAUCCACAAGUUGAAUGUAUAAUUUUGUCAGAAAAUCAAGCUCAAAGAUUUUAUGAAACACGUCAUCAAAUGGAACCAAGACCAGGUUCGUCUGGAGAAAUUCAAAAUAAUAUUGGUAACAUGGAAUAUAACCCACAAAAUUCAAAUCGACACUUUGCGGUUCAUUUUAGAAAUAUGCAAUUGAAAAAAAUAAAGCGUACGGAAAAAAAAGGUACUGAAAGCGUUAUGGAUGAAAAGUUUGCUUUAUUGUUCUAUACAACUGUAGAUUUUCAUAACAAUGGCCACAUUCAUAGCGGUCCACAUUACAAAAUAACAGCGUGGACAUUGUCAUUACCUGUUGUUGUAAUUGUUCAUGGAAACCAAGAACCGCAAUCAUGGGCAACAAUUACAUGGGAUAAUGCAUUUUCAGAUAUUAUAAGAAAUCCUUUUCAAGUGCCAGAAAGAGUAAAUUGGAGUGAUUUAUCAAAAGCUUUAAACACAAAAUUUUCCAGCAACACUGGUAGACAGUUAACUCCAGAAAAUUUGAACUUUUUGUAUGAAAAAAUAUUUUGGCAUAAUGAAACCAAUACUGAUAGCAAGUAUGUUACUUGGCCACAAUUUUGUAAAGAACCUUUAAAAGAUAGAUCUUUUACAUUUUGGGACUGGUUCUACCACACAAUGAAACUAACAAAAGACCAUAUAUUGAAACCUUGGCAAGCUGGCUGUAUUAAUGGUUUUAUUAGUAAAAGGAAUGCUACAGAAAUUUUACGUCAGUGUCCUGAAGGCACAUUUUUAAUAAGAUUUUCUGAUAGUGAAUUAGGUGGAGUAACAAUUGGUGUAAAAAAUAACGGAGAUACUUUAAUGUUGGCACCAUGGGUAGCCAGGGAUUUGAAUGUCUUAUCUUUACCAGAUAGAAUAAGUGAUCUUUCAACGUUGCAAUAUCUGUAUCAAGGACCAUCAUCUUAUAUUCCAAAGGAUGAAGCAUUCGGCCAAUUUUAUUCUCCACGUCGGGAAUCGGAGGUAGUGGCACCCGAUGGAUAUGUGCGAAAUCAAAUUCGGGUGAGUAUCCCGAUUAUUGAAAAGCAAAAUACUCCACAACAUACGAUGCAAUCACCACAUUCAAGAGAUAUAGAUAUGAAUCCGCCCAGCAAUAUAUACGAUCCCACUUCUUUAAAUCAAUUCGAACAACCCGAUUUUUCAGAUAUUAUACAAUCAGAUACAAUUUUCUAUAACGCAAUAAAUUAAAAAAAAAAAUAAUAAAAAUUACAUAAAUUAAAAUAAUUCUAACGAAAAAAAUAACUUGAAUUGGAAGUUUUUAUUAAAUAUUACGCAUAUUUUAGCAAAUGCGAAAUUAUUUUUAAAAUUUAAAAUUUUAUGCUACAGAAGGUAUAUACAAUAAAGAAGUGAUAGUUUUCAAAAUAAAAAAAUAAACAAUAAAAUUUCAACCAAAAAUUAAAAAACAACAUCAACAGAUUAAAACAAACAAAAUCAUUAAAACACAAAACGUCCUGCAUGUAAAUGGUUAAGAAAAAUAGGAAUAAUCAAUUUCAAAUUCAUUUUAGAUAAUAUUCAAAAUACUAGAUGUGAGUGAGAUUUAGUAAAAUUUAAAAUAAAUUUUGAUGUUGAACCAAUAAAGCGAAAGGAUUUAAAAUACAAUAAUAUGGUUGUAUGAAAUAAUCGACAUCAUCAAUGUAUACAUAAAUAUUCAUAAGAAUUAUUAUAAUCUUGUUUAAUUUUUUAGGUUGCCUUAAUAUAUUUUAUGAAAUGAAAAAAAAAAUUGAGAAUUUUUUAUAUACAACACAAAAAUGAAAUAAUAAAAAAAAUUUAAAGUAAGAAAUAUAAAUUAAAUGUAUUAAUAUCGAUAUAAUAUGUAUAAAAUUUAAAUAUGCAUAAAAAUAAUUAUAUUUUAAUAUACAUACAUAAAAAACAAUUGUAUAUUUUAUUAAUUUGUUAAAAUUAUUCUGUAAGUGAUACAUUAAUAGAAUUAAAAAUAUAUUUGCGACACAUAUAGUAAAAUAUAUGUAAUAAAUAUAUUUUAAAUUAAAUUUUUUGCUAUUUAUUAUGAUUUUUAAUAUUAUCAAUUUAUUAAUAAUUUUUUUUCUUAUUUCAAUAAGUACACAUAAUUCUGGCUAUUGAUUUUUUCUUGCUUUCAAAUGCAUUUAAUUAUUUUAAAUGAUAAAAUUUUAUGACAAUGUAUAAUGAAUUUCAUAUUACUAUAAGAAAGUUUUAAACUAUAAUUGAAAUUAUAUUUGAUUUUUGUGACAUAGCUAUUAACAAUAAUAAUAAAGGUAUUUA